UACUAUAAAAAUGGGGCCACACAUGCAAUUGGAGAUAGAGGCUUUUUCAAUUUUAUUAAGAUUUCCAUAAACUGAGAUCAUAUAAAUAACCAAAAAUCUCUUCAAGAUUGCUCUUGUGCAAUCACCAUCAGGGACCAUGAAGUUAUUUUUUACUUUCCUUCUUCUUCUUCUGCCUCUCUUAGCUUCAUGUGCAGAGAAAAAGAGCUACAUAGUGUACUUUGGAGAGCAUACUGGAGAGAAAACACAUGCUGAAAUAGAAGAAAUUCAUCUCUCAUAUUUGAACUCAGUGAAAGAAACUGAGGAAGAAGCUAGAGAUUCUCUUAUCUACAGCUACAAGCACAGCAUCAAUGGUCUGGCAGCAUUGCUAACCCCUGCGGAAGCCUCCAAACUGUCUGAGUUGGAAGAAGUGGUUUCAGUUUAUGAAUCCAAGCCAGGAAAGUACUCAACGCAGACUACAAGGUCAUGGCAAUUUGUAGGCUUGGACGAGGGAGAGGAGCACUACUCGAAACAUCACCCUAUCACGAAAAGAGAAUUGCCAUCGAAGGCUGGAUUUGGCAAAAAUGUGAUUGUGGGGGUUUUGGAUAGCGGCGUGUGGCCAGAAUCAAAGAGUUUCAGUGAUGAAGGUAUGGGACCCAUUCCAAAAUCAUGGAAAGGAAUCUGCCAAAGUGGGGCUGCUUUUAACUCAUCCCACUGUAACAAGAAAAUUAUUGGAGCUAGAUACUAUAUUAAUGGGUACUUGAAAUACUACAAUAAACUUAAUGCCACCGAGGACUCCCUAUCACCGCGUGACAUGGACGGCCACGGAACUCACACGGCCUCCACGGUUGCCGGGAGGCGGGUGCAUGAUGCCGCAGCCUUCGGUGGUUUCGCCAGUGGAACUGCCUCAGGCGGAGCACCAUUAGCACAUCUAGCCAUAUACAAGGCAUGUUGGGCGAUUCCUGAUCAAGAAAAAGCAGAACGCAACACAUGUUUCGAAGAAGAUAUGAUGGCAGCCAUAGACGACGCCAUAAAGGAUGGAAUCCAUGUAUUAAGCAUCUCCAUUGUCAGCACUGAGCCAUUGACUUACGACAAUGAUGGAAUUGCCUUUGGCGCCUUACAUGCUGUUAAAAACAACAUUGUGGUUUCUUGUUCUGCUGGUAACUCAGGUCCUGCUCCGAGUACCUUGUCCAAUCCUGCUCCUUGGAUUAUUACAGUCGGUGCUAGCAGCGUCGACCGUGCUUUUUGGGGACCUAUUGUGCUUGGAAAUGGCAAGAAAAUUAUGGGACAAACUGCUACUCCAUACAAGCUAGACAAAAUGCAUCCAUUAGUGUAUGCAGCAGAUGUUGUUGCCCCGGGAGUUCCCAAGAAUGAAUCGGACCAAUGCCUCCCUAAUUCCCUUUCUCCUGAGAAGGUAAAUGGGAAGAUAGUGUUGUGCAUUAGAGGGCUUGGAAUGAGAGUUGGAAAAGGCAUAGAGGUGAAAAGAGCUGGUGGUGCUGGUUUUGUCUUAGGAAAUGGUCCAAAAAAUGGCAAUGACUUAACAGUGGAUGCUCAUGUUCUUCCAGCGACUGCUGUGGUCGCCGACGGUGCAAUGCAGAUUCUUAAUUACAUCAAGUCUACCGAUAAGCCAAUGGCCAUCAUUGGAGAGGCAAAGACUGUGUUACAUUAUUCACCAGCACCAUCCAUGGCUACUUUCACUAGCAGGGGUCCAAACGUCCUUGAUUUUAAUAUUCUCAAGCCUGACAUCACAGCGCCAGGGGUAAAUAUAUUAGCAGCGUGGAGUGGAGCAUCUUCCCCUACAAAAUUGUGGGGUGAUCAUCGAAUCGUGGAUUAUAAUAUUGAAUCAGGAACUUCUAUGGCUUGUCCCCAUGUUUCUGCUGUGGCUGCACUUCUCAUAGCCGUACAUCCUAAAUGGAGUAGUGCGGCUAUAAGAUCUGCGAUAAUGACCACAGCCUGGACGAAAAACAACAAGGGUCAGUCGAUAAUUGAUCAAUCAGGUAAAAUUGCGGAUCCUUUCCAAUUCGGGUCUGGUCACUUCCGACCGACCAAGGCAGUAGACCCCGGUCUAGUAUAUGAUGCAUCCUAUAAGGACUACGUUGCCUACCUUUGCAAUUAUGGAUAUCCACGAGUGGGCAAAUAUAAAUGUCCCAGAAAAGCAACGUUGGAACCAACAUACAAUUUGAAUUAUCCAUCUGUAGCAGUUCCAAAACUUAAUGGCACUGUAAUCGUUAAAAGAAGUGUGACGAAUGUUGGUGCUAGCAAAAGUGUCUACUUCUUCACUGCCAAACCACCAAUGGGAAUUUCCAUUAAAGCUUCGCCAAGUAUUUUGUACUUCAAUCUUGUUGGGCAGAAGAGAAGCUUCACUCUAACAGUUAGAGCAAGAGACGCUCACACAGCAAAGAAGUAUUACAAGGAUAGCUACGCUUUUGGCUGGUAUACUUGGACUGAUGGUUACCAUUCUGUGAGAAGCCCUGUUGCUGUGUCUUUCUCAUAGGUUUAUUUAUUAUGUUUUAGGAGGUAGACAUUCAAGAUUUAAUCUAUUUGGUUUAUAUGAUACACACAGUUAUUACUUGGUUAUAAUUGUUUUUAAGUGUUUGAUAAAAUUAUGUCUUAUUAUUAUAUGUUAAAUGAUUAAUAAAGAUAUAUAUUUUAUCUAA